CGCAACAAAAAGAGUCAACAAAUAUUGAAAUUACGGCUUAUUUUAAUCGAAAAAAUGAUACAUCACGUUUCGAAUAGAUCAUCAAAUCAAAAUAUACCAAUUUGAGCUUAUCAAAAGUGUUCGAUUCGAUGUGAGCUUUUCAUGUCCGCCCACUUCACCAACGACCCUCAUUGUUUUAAGUGAACUAAUCAAGUAGAAAAAGAAAAUGGAAUACAUAUCAUUAAUAAUUGUUGGGUUUUGUAUGAUAAAUGAGGUUUUUUUAUUACCGGAGGUGAUAAGAAUUGGUGGUUUAUUUCAUCCCGCGGAUGAUAGACAAGAAAUCGCGUUUCGAUACGCAGUUGAAAAGAUAAAUAACGAUCGUACGAUUUUGCCACGUUCGAAAUUGAGUGCCCAAAUCGAAAGGAUGUCGCCUCAAGAUAGUUUUCACGCGUCAAAAAAAGUCUGUCAUCUUUUAAGAAGUGGUGUUGCUGCUAUUUUUGGUCCACAAUCGGCGCACACCGCCAGCCACGUACAAUCAAUUUGCGAUACGAUGGAAAUUCCACAUUUGGAAACGCGUUGGGAUUACCGUUUAAGAAGGGAGAGUUGUUUGGUUAAUUUAUAUCCACAUCCGACGACGUUAUCAAAAGCUUACGUUGAUUUAGUUAAAGCAUGGGGUUGGAAAUCUUUUACGAUAAUUUACGAGAACAACGAAGGUUUAGUUCGUUUACAAGAACUUUUAAAAGCUCAUGGGCCGUAUGAAUUUCCUAUAACCGUGAGACAAUUAGGUGAAGGAUCCGAUUACAGACCUCUUUUGAAGCAAAUUAAAAAUUCGGCCGAAUCUCAUGUUGUAUUAGAUUGCUCGACCGAUAGAAUUUAUGAUGUCUUAAAACAGGCUCAACAAAUCGGAAUGAUGAGCGAUUAUCACAGCUACUUAAUCACCUCUUUAGAUUUGCAUUGUGUCGAUUUAGAAGAGUUUAAAUAUGGAGGCACAAACAUCACCGCCUUUAGAUUGGUCGAUCCGGAAGGUUCGGAUGUUAGAUCGAUCGUUAAAGAUUGGUCUUUACCUACUGAUAAUCGAAAUAAAAAAUCCGAUUUGGAUAACAACACAUUUGUAAAAGCGGAAACGGCAUUAAUGUACGACGCCGUCCAUUUAUUCGCAAAAGCUCUCCAUGAUUUAGACACUAGCCAACAAAUCGACAUCAAACCGUUAAGUUGUGAUGCGGUGGAUACUUGGCCUCACGGAUACAGUCUUAUAAAUUACAUGAAAAUUGUUGAAAUGCGUGGAUUAACUGGUGUAAUUAAAUUCGAUCACCAAGGGUUUCGUAGCGAUUUCGCCUUGGACAUCAUUGAAUUGAAUCGGGAAGGUUUAAAGAAAAUCGGGACGUGGAAUUCAACGGAAGGGGUUAAUUUCACAAGAACAUACGGGGAGGUUUAUACACAAAUUGUUGAGAUUAUUCAAAAUAAAACGUUUGUUGUCACAACAAUUUUGAGUUCUCCUUAUUGUAUGAGAAAAGAUUCAAGUGAACAAUUAACCGGUAAUGCUCAAUACGAAGGUUAUGCAGUUGAUUUAAUCCACGAAAUAUCCCGAGUGUUGGGUUUUAAUUACACCAUAAGAUUAGCUCCGGAUGGACGUUACGGUUCGUUAAAUAGACAAACCAAAGAAUGGGAUGGUAUGAUUAGGGAGUUAUUGGAUCAAAAAGCCGAUUUAGCUAUAGCUGAUUUAACGAUAACUUACGAUAGGGAGCAAGCUGUUGAUUUUACAAUGCCUUUUAUGAAUUUGGGAAUCAGUAUUCUUUAUAGGAAACCGAUUAAGCAACCGCCGAAUUUAUUUUCUUUUUUAUCACCGCUUUCGUUGGACGUUUGGAUCUAUAUGGCAACAGCGUAUCUGGGAGUUUCCGUUUUACUCUUUAUUUUGGCGAGAUUCAGUCCUUACGAAUGGGACAAUCCCCAUCCUUGCAACAACGAACCGGACGUACUCGAGAACCAAUUUACCCUACUCAACUCGUUGUGGUUCACCAUUGGAUCAUUGAUGCAGCAAGGGUCUGACAUUGCGCCAAAAGCUGUUUCCACGCGAAUGGUCGCCGGAAUGUGGUGGUUUUUCACGUUAAUAAUGAUCUCAUCGUACACGGCUAACCUCGCUGCUUUUUUAACGGUCGAACGGAUGGAUUCGCCGAUAGAAAGCGCGGAAGAUUUAGCGAAACAAACUCGAAUUAAAUACGGAGCUUUGAGGGACGGCUCGACGGCCGCUUUUUUCCGCGAUUCAAAUUUCUCAACGUAUCAACGGAUGUGGUCGUUUAUGGAAUCGGCCAAACCGACGGUUUUCACGUCGAGCAAUAAAGAGGGCGUGGAAAAAGUCGUUAAGGGAAAAGGAAGUUACGCUUUUCUUAUGGAGUCGACGUCGAUUGAGUAUGUUAUCGAAAGAAAUUGUGAGUUAACCCAAGUCGGUGGGAUGUUGGAUUCGAAGGGAUAUGGAAUAGCUAUGCCACCAAAUUCUCCAUUUAGAACGGCUAUAAGUGGAGCGAUUUUAAAAUUACAAGAAGAAGGAAAAUUGCAUAUAUUAAAAACGAGAUGGUGGAAAGAAAAGAGAGGUGGAGGAGCUUGUAGGGAUGAAACGACAAAAACGAGUAGUACAGCGAACGAAUUGGGUUUGGCGAAUGUCGGUGGUGUUUUCGUGGUGUUAAUGGGUGGAAUGGGGGUGGCUUGUGUGAUCGCUGUGUGCGAGUUCGUUUGGAAGUCGAGGAAGGUUGCAGUUGAGGAACGGAAGAUAUCAUUAUGUGCUGAAAUGGCGUCAGAAUUGAGGACUGCGUUAAAAUGUCAACAUUCAACUAAACAAUCACAAAAUUGUGCGGGAUCGAAUUCGAAAGCGAUCCGCCAAAAUCAAAUUAACUCUUAUAACUCGUAUGGUUUUAUAGGAAAAGGUCAAUUGGCCUAAAAUAACACACAAAUAGAAAUAAAACAAAUAGAAUCGCUUUUUAGAAGCAAAAAAAAAGCAUUUUAGCGUUUAUUAUUACAUUAAAAAUAAAACGUGGGCCAACAAUUCUUAACGAAAAGAUAACCUCUCUAUGUAUUUAGCUUUGAAAUGUGUUCUAUUAGAUAAUAUCAAAAGAAUGAAAUAAAAGUCGAAUCAAAAAUGUGGUCAAAAAACCCUCGAUUUCUUUUUAAUCGAUUUUUCAUUGUAUAAAAAAAUCUGAUUUUAAUAAAUGUUCGUUUCUAAA